GUGGAUGCCAACACUUUAAGCACUACAACAUCAGUUUCUACUAGGGCAAGUCUAAGCAACACAAUUAGAUGUUAGGCAGCUCACAGUAUUGCUAAUUACAGUGCAACAAAACUGGUGUUUAGUAAACAUGGAAAAGUUUUGAAAAAAUGUAAACAUAUGUUUAAUGUGCCUAUUCCCCAAUUUACUCUCUAACCAAGUUUCUAAACCAUCAGUUUCAGCCUGACAAUUUAGUAUGAUGCUGUUAUGAGUUGACAAUACAAAAAUCUUUGGUAUAUCAAAAACUGUAAAGGGACGACCGCAUAAAAUAAAUUCUCCAACUUUGUUUUCUCUUCCGCAGUUGGGCUUCUCCAAAAAGUAAGUGAUAAUUUUGCCACAACAGCCAUUACUAAAGAAACAGAGAACAGAUUUCUGCUUCCUUAUGCAUAAAACACCAAAAGAACUCAAUGGAAACUGUGAUCAGAUUGCGCUAGUGUAAAAGAAGAAAUUGUCCCAUACAGUGUUGCAGACUAUAGGGUUUCAGAAGUUCUCUUUAAGUCAGGCCAUCUCUUUUUGAAGAUGGCAUGCUUGUUUUUUAGAGAGAGAAAGAACUAAAAGUCUUACUACCUGAAAAUGCUUCAAUAUAAUAACAAUCAAAUCUACUGUAUUUAUUCCUGCAAAUGCACAGAGUUCCCCACUUCCAGCAUCCUGGCAUCCCAUUUGUAGUGACACAGGAAGAGGCUCUCUGACUAAGGAUAUGCAGUGCUGCAAAUUCCCAUGGUUUUAUCAUGCAAUCGUUAGUGGGUUGUUUGUUGUUUUUUCUUUUUCAAAAAAGCUCCUGGAAUCUAGUGAUCCAGAAUCUCAAACAGAAGACAAAUAAAAUGCAAAAUAGUUAUUAUUUUUCAAAUCCCAUAAUUUUAUGGGGAGGGUUGAUUUAUGAUAUUGGGAUUGAUAAAAUAUUGCACUGCAGUUUUCAGAUCCUCUCUUCAUUUCCUCUUUUCUCUUCUCUAAUAAUCAUCUGAGGCCCUCACCUACCUCCUUCCCUUCUGCUUGUGUAGGGACCAGGGUAUGAAUAUUCGUCAGUGCCUUGUACUUCCAAUACCUCUGGAAGUUGGCCAGACACAGACUUAGGCUGCCUGCCACAGACCUGAGUACCUGCCCCUAAACUUUCCUCUCAGCACUCAACAUAUGUGCCACCCUGGCACCCUCUUUUCUUCAGACUAGAUUCCCCCACUCCUUGCUCGCAGGUGCACAUCUGGGCCACUCACUCUUUGUCCCUGCUAAGGAGUCAUUAUUUCCUCCACAUGUGGUGCUCUUUCUACCUGGCAGCUAUUAUUAUGCUGUUUAAAAUCAGCAUCCUGUUUAAAAACCUCAUUUCUUGUUGACAACCUGACUCAGCUAGUAGAGCAAUCAAGGCUCAAUGAGUGCUUUUGGGCAAGUGACUAGUCACUGAGGGUGUGAAAAAACGUUGGUUAGUCAGAAAGGGCAGGGAAAGGUGUGUCUGUCAGAAAGGGGGGGAAGCUAUUGUUCAGUCAGAAAGGGCGGGAAAAGCUGUUGGUCAUCAAAAAAGGCGGGAAAAGAGGUGCCAGUCAGAGAGGGUGGGGAAAAGCCGUUGGUCAGCCAAAAAGGGCGGGAAAAGCCGUUGGUCACCAGAAAAGGCGGGAAAAAAGGUGCCAGUCAGAGAGGGAGGGGAAAAGCAAUUGGUCUCACACUGCUGCUUCCUCAGAGAUCUCUUCCUCCUCCUCACUGACUGGCUCUCUGCUGCCCCAUCAGUGAGCUGGAGAGAGUAGGAAUGUGAUGUCUGAGGCCCAUAAUAGCCCAUUUUAAUCCUUUGCAGAGGGUGUCACCUCUUCUUCAAAAUGUCUCUGUCCCUUCCUGGGGUGACAGACUGGUCGGCAUUCACCUUCCUGGACCACCACAGGACUGCCCUGCUGCAGUCCAUCAAGGAAGAAAGCAGAGAAGAGACUAGAAUUGAGGAAACUGGCCCCUCCAAUAACAUUCGUGAAAUCACUUGUUCUGAGAUCCUUGGAGCAAUAGAAAAUGUUAUACAAGAUAUAGUUACAAGUUUGGCCAGAAACAAAGCACCUGUUCUCACCUUGGUUAACAGAUCAGAUUGGAGAAAUAUACAGUUUAAAGAUUCAGUAGGUCUACAGAUGAUAUCUCAUCAUACCACAAGAAAAAUAAAAAGUGACUGCCCUAAAUCAGCAACAAAAUUUGCUCUAAUUCUUAAAAUGUUAUCUGUGAUCUACAAGAUGGUGCAGGACAAUACGUAUGCAACCAAAAGAGAUAUAUAUUAUAGUGAUACACUACUGUUUGGUAGCCAGAGUGUUGUGGACAAUAUAGUCAAUGACAUUUCCUGCAUGCUUAAGAUACCGAGAAGAAGUCUACACAUACUGUCUACAACUAAAGGUUGCAUUUCUGGUAACUUAAGUUAUACUGAGGAAGAUGGUACAAAAGUGAAUUGUACAUGCAAUGCAACGGCAGUCAUUGUGCCAUCUAAUGUUCAAGGAAUUAGAAAUGUGAUCACAGAUGCAAAAUUUAUACUAAUUGUAGAAAAAGAUGCAACUUUUCAGAGGCUCCUGGAUGAUGACUUCUGCAAUAAAUUGUCUCCAUGCAUAAUGAUUACGGGAAAAGGAGUACCAGAUCUGAACACAAGACUUCUAGUGAGAAAGUUGUGGGAUACAUGUCAUAUUCCUAUCUUCACCCUCAUGGAUGCAGAUCCACAUGGUAUAGAAAUAAUGUGCAUCUACAAGUAUGGAUCUGUGUCAAUGUCUUUUGAAGCCCAUCAUCUCACAGUUCCUGCUAUAAGAUGGCUUGGUCUCCUUCCAUCUGACAUUGAAAGAUUAAAUAUACCCAAAGAUGCUUUGAUUCCACUUACUAAACGAGAUCAAAAUAAACUUGCUAGUAUGCAGAAGAGACCUUAUAUGGCUUGCCAACCAAUGUGGAAAAAAGAAAUGGAAAUUAUGGCAGCAUCUAAAAUGAAGGCUGAAAUUCAAGCUUUGAUGUCUCUUUCAUCAGAUUACCUUUCCAGAGUGUAUUUACCAAACAAACUGCAAUUUGGUGGAUGGAUAUGAAUAUCUGUUUGUAAAUCAACAGCUGUGUCGUGUUGUGGAUUUAUUUUGGAGCUAUUAUAAGCCACUAUUUACAAAAAUUGCAUACAAUUGCAUUAUUUAUGGCAAUUGUUCUAUAUAGUCAGUUAAGAGAUAUAGAGGUUUGUUUCAUUGUCCUGUUCAAUUUUUUAAUAUCUAUAGUUUAAUUUCUUUGCAAUUUUGAUUGUUUUUCCACUAGCGUACCAUAAGGAUCUGAAAACAUUUAAAUAUAAUAUGUGUUUUCCAUUGUAGCUGCUGUAAAUAACUACAACAAAAUUUCCAGCUGUAAAAGCAUUAGCCUUUAAAAAGAUAUUGACAUUUGAGGGCAGAAAGUAAAGUUAUAUUUGCUUAAAUUUGUGUCAAAGAGUUAAUACACAAGCUACUUUAAAGCACAAUCAAACGAAGUCUGUCUUCUCAUAUGUUUUACUUUUUAAGACUGAAAUAGUUUAAAUUACUGUAAUAUUUUACGGUACAAUCCUUACCUGGAAAAUUAUUAUAAACAUGGCAUUUCAUGAAGCUUCAGGAGGUAGCUGAGUUAGUCUGUAA